AUGCUGCCAGUUAGGAUACAAUAAAACUGUGUUGAGAUACAACUCAGCAUUACAAUAAAAGACUAUGAAUAUUUAUUACCUACAAAAAAUAUGUAAAAUAAAUAGAUUAGUGAGGGUAGAAGUGCAUUUCUAAAAUGGGAUAAUUCUAAAAAACACUUUUAUAUGAUAUGA